AUGAACAAGAGUUUCGGAUCUCUGGUUGUAGGCGCAGGUGGAUUUGAGAACCUCCCGUUUUUGGAAAAAGACUGUCGUAACUACAUCAACAAGGCUAGGCAUCUACGACUGGGCGCAGGUGGUGCCGGAGCACUUCGAGACUACUUUUUACGGAUGCAGUACAAAAAUCCAGGGUUCUUUGCACUGAUGGACCUGGACGAUGACGGGAGGCUAAAGAAUGUAUUUUGGGCAGAUCCCCGUAGUAGAGCUGCAUACCAAUAUUUCGGUGAUGUGGUAACCUUCGACACCACAUACUUGACGAACCGAUAUGGGAUGCCCUUCGCACCAUUUGUUGGUGUAAACCACCAUGGGCAGUCAAUUUUGUUGGGAGCUGGUUUGAUUUCAUCUGAGGAUACACAUACCUUCGUGUGGUUAUUCCAAACCUGGUUGCAGUGUAUGGAUGGUGUCGCGCCGAAGGCUAUUAUCACUGACCAAGAUAGAGUCAUGAAAAAUGCAAUUGCAAUUGUCUUUCCAGAAAGCCGCCAUAGAUUUUGCCUAUGGCAUAUCCUGAAGAAAGUCCCAGAAAAGCUUGGAUGCUAUGGUUCCUACAAAAGUGGCAUGAAAACUGCACUGAUGAAAUGUGUUUAUGACACACAAAAGCGGGAAGAGUUUGAAAAAUCUUGGCAUGAGAUGAUCAGCACGUAUAACUUGCAUGAUAAUGUCUGGUUGCAGACUUUAUACACUGAGCGUUGCCAUUGGGUACCGGCCUUCUUGAAAGACAUUUUUUGGGCUGGGAUGAGUACUACGCAGCGGAGCGAGAGCAUGAAUGCCUUUUUUGAUGGUUACGUUCAUGCUAAGACGAACUUGAAAGAGUUUGUCGAUCAGUACGAUAAUGCCCUGAAAAAGAAAAUUGAGAACGAAAAUGUCGCUGACUUCCACUCAUUUAAUCUCACAAUUCCUUGCAUCUCUAGAUCGCCUAUUGAAAAGAGAUAUCAAGAUUUGUAUACAAAUGUUAAAUUCAGGGAAGUUCAGAUCCAGCUUACCGGCAUUAUCGACUUGGACCCAGUUUUACAUAGAAGAGAGGGUACUGUGAAGACCUAUUUGGUAGAGGAUGAAGUUCGUGUUGAAGAUUUUACGAAGCAAGUGACACGCUCAGUAGAUUUUAAUGAUGAAGAUGGUGUCGCGAAAUGUUCUUGUGGUUUAUUUGAAAUGAGGGAGAUAGUGUGCCGGCACAUCUUCGCUGUGUUCAAAUGUAACGGGAUUAAGACAAUGCCACAACAGUACAUUUUGGAUCGAUGGAGGAAGGACAUUAAAAGAAGAUACACGUUAAUUAACAGCAGCUAUGACGCAGGCGAGGUGCGGGAAGAUGCUAAUAGAUAUUCAAGUCUGUUGAAUAUUUGUUAUAAAAUGAUUACUUGUGCUGCGGGUUCGAAAAAGCAUACUGAGGAUGCAACAACUAAGUUGCAUGCAAUGAUUGACCUGUACUCUGAGACCCAAGAACCCCCAUCGCUGGCUGAAAAUUGUUUAAAUGUUGGUGGUGUGACAAAGGAAAGUGCAGCUACCACUGGAAGUUCAACUCAAGUACUCAGUCCAAAGAUAGUUCAAGGGAAAGGCAGGCCCCCAUCUAUAAGGAGAGCAUCUAGGAUGGAGAAAGAGCUGAGAAAAGUUAAAGAGAAAACGAAGAAAGCGCAGGGAAAGGGAAAACACAAACAGCGGGAUGGAGACGAUACCCAUGGUGUGGACACUUGCAGGAGCUUAUUUGGCCCCUCCGAUUUGGACGUCUCCAAUAUUGGACACGUGCAGGCUAUUCCAGACAGGUCGCUAGCAUAUGACAUUAGGGAAACCCAAUCAACAGAUCCAGUGAUUCAAACUCAACAAAGUGUCGAGAGCAUGAUUGGUUUAAUGGCAGAAGAGAACAACACGGAUACGGGAAGAGUUUUGAACCUUCGCAAGUUUGUUUUUGUUGCACUUAUAGCAUCAUUUGGCAGGUGGAUUCACAGGACAGGCUAG